AUGAUGUCCCUCUCUGGCUCUGCCACUCCUACCGCCGGUGAGCCCGCCCCGGCCACCGUUGCCACCAACCCCACGAAUGGGUCUGCACUGCGCAUGUCCUUUGCCUCGCCGCUGGAUGCGCUCUCCUCGGCCGCCGAGCUCCUCAUCCACCAUCCCAACCUUUCGCCAUCGGCCACCACGCUUCUCUCGGCCAGCGAUAGCAUGGCAUCCCCCGGCCAAAGUACCCCCAGCGAUCUGGCCUCCCUCACCAAUGCCGGCUCCCUUGCGCCGGCGGCCCCGGCUCCGGCGCCGACCCGGUCCCCCUUGCCCGGGCUGAUGGUCUCGCCCAGUGCCCUGCUGGACAAGGCGGUGGCCGCGGCUGCCGCGGCGGCGGCCGCCUCCACCGCCACAGCAGCCGCCCCCACCGCCACCUCCCCUCCCCUCGGGUCUGGUCUCGGUGGCUUCUCCCUGGAGCCUGGGCUUUCGCGACUUCCCCGGUCCCAAUCGGCCCCCUAUCACACAUCCCUCAAGUCCAUGGCCACCGGAUCGCCAAGCUCGGCUACCGCCCCGUGGCAGCACCCACGCGCGGGCGACUCAUCGCAGGGCAUCUUCGCCGGGGUUGACCUGGCCAAGCAGUGCCUGCUGCUGGUGCAGCUCCUCCGGUCCCCGCAACUGGCCUCGCUGGAGCCGCUUCUCCUUGCCUCGGUGCCCGGGACCCCGGCCGAGACGGUCCGGCAGUUGUGCACCAGCGUGUCCCAGCAGUCUCGCGCACAGCGCAUUGAGAUCCUCACCAAGCUGCACUCCAUGCCGGUGGUCAUGGUGCUGAUUCUGCUGCAAGCCGACGAGUCGCUGCAGCUGGAGUCGCUGGCCGGCCUGUCGGCCGAGGCCCGCGGCGACAUCUUCCGCUUGCUCCUCUCGAUCCAGCAAUUCCAAGCCGACUCGGCGCCGCUGUCGCAAUCGGUGCCGCCGACGCAACCCCCGACGCAGGAGGCACAGCAGCAGCAGCAGCAGCAGCAGCAACCUAAUCUGUCCCACUCGCAGCCCCAGCAGUUGUCCACCCCCACGACGCUGGGGCCCAAUCCCAUGGAUUUGAGUCUGCCCGCGCCGGGUUGCGUUUCUCUCUCGGGAUCACUGUCGCCCCCAAUGGCCACGGUGGCUGGCGGGAAUGCCAGCGCUGGCCUGUCCAUCUACACCAGCACCACAGCCUCGCGCGAUGCGGCCCAGUCACUGGACUCCCUGUUUGCCAGUGCCACCCCGAGCGACACGCCGAUGGUCAACCCCCGGGUUGUCCUGGAGGCUGGUGGGGACAAGAAGCUUGCUGGCUUGCGAGCUUCGACCGGCGGGCCGAGCAGCCCGGCGACCAGUUCGGCGGCGGCCGCCGCCGCGGCAACCCUGUCCCCAACGACAGCGCGUGCCCGUCUGCCCAUGGCCGCCUACAAGUCGGCCGCCAACCAGGGCAAAAAGCGCAAGCCUUUCCCGCCCAUGGUGUCGGUGGACACCCGCCUGGCCAAUGCCUCGGCCGCGGCCGCUGGCCAGCAUGUUUUCUCGAUCAACCAGGAGGGGGAUCCCCAAUCGCCGGUUACCGGCGGCGGCGUCAUGUCCCCAUUGUCGGCUGGCGUGCCAUCGGUGCCGGCCAGCCUCCUGGCCAGUCUGUUUGACGCUCAGACAAGCGGGGCCUCUUCGCCAUCGGCAUCGGCAUCGGCAGCGGCAGCGGCGGCAUCGGCAGCGGCAGCGGCAGCGGCGGCGGCGGCCGCCGCCUACGCCCCCCGCUCGGCACCGCCUGCCCUUCUGAGUCCCUCCUCAGGAACCCUACUGGGCCAGCCAUUGACGUCGCAGCUGGCUGGCAAUGAGUCCGCAGUGGCCAGCCUCUCCCAGCAGCAUCUUCUUCUUGCCAGUCUGCUAAGCCAAGGGGCUUCCCUGGAGCAGAGCCACUCGGUGCUUGCCUCGCUGAUCCUUCACCAGCACCAGCAGCAGAAGCAGCAGCAGCAGCAGCAACAAUCGGCGGCAUCCGCAAUUCCCCUGUCCCCGGGGGCGGACUCCGGCUACAUGUCUCCCAUGUCAGGAUCCCUCGGGGGAGGCGCCGGCGCCGGUGGUUCGGCGCUGCUCUUCUCCUCAUCAACCUCGUCAGUUGGUGGCAUCCAGGCACUCAAUGCAGCUGGGACGACGGCCACGGCCCUGGACGGUGGCGGCAGCGCCGGCCUGCUUCCCUCGCUGUCGGCCCUUGGCUCGGGAUCACUCCUGCCCAACCUGAUGAUCCCCCAUUCGCCGCACACGCAGCCGCCUUCCCAGGCCGGCAGCCUGAUGGCCGGCUCGGGGGAUGCGCAAAUGGUUGGGCUAUUGCCUCGCCAUGGCGGUGCCGGCGGCGGCAGCAGCGGCAGCAGCAGCAGUGGGCCUGGCUCUGGGCUCGCAUUGCAUCCGCAUUUGCAGGGGAGUCCGCUGUUCGGCGUCGGGCCGCGGGCUCCCGCCUCGGCCGGGGGUUUCCCGCCGGCUUCGCCCCUGUCAGCGCCGCUCUUUUCCAGCACCGUGUCCACCUUUGGCGGCGAGCACCAUCUUGGCGGCGCGCGCGCUGGUUCGACCACCACCCCGGGCAUCGGCAGCCCUCUGGCCCUUGCCCACCUCCGGUCGGAACUUGGCGAUGACUUCGACCAACGCCUACGGCAGAUGCAUCUCCAUUCGCCGAUUGCCCCCACUUCCGGGAACAUUUUCUCCGCCACCAGUGGCGCGCUGACACCAACCCUGGGCUCUGGACCCUCAGGGACGCCCAAGGCGACGCACCCGCAUGCCCAGCCCGCCGCCGGGCUAGCCUUCAGCGCCGGCAUGGCGCCCGGAUCGGCCGGCUUGUUUUCCCCCGGGGCGCCGGUCAGUGCCGAGCUCGGGGGCAAUGUUGGCCUGUCCAGUGCUGGGCUUCUGGCCAGUGCCUUGAGCGCCGGUCUGCUGCCGGAGAAGUUGCCACUGGAUGCCCUCCUCGCGGCGGCUGCCAGCAACCAACAGACCUCCGACGGGCCAGCUGUCGCAGGCAAGCCCCUUCUCCACACGUCGCAGCUCUCACAAGCGCAGCCGCCAUCACAGCAGCAGCAGCAGCAGCAGCAGCAGCAGCAGCAGCAGCAGCAGCAGCAGCAACAGCAUCCGGGGUCUCCGGCUUCGCCCAGUGGCAGCCACACGACUGACGCCGGGACGGCUGCCGGUGGCCCUGGCAGUGUUCAGCUGGCUCAGGUCAUGCGGACGUAUACCGACCCGCUGCUGGCGGUGGAGGCACACUUUUCGCGGUCGCUUCAGCACCAGCAGCCGCAGGAACAGCGGAGCCCAUCCCCGCUGGCUGCGGCGAGUGUUUCCUCUCCGGCCUCGGCGUCGGCGGCGGUCGCCGACACCGGCGGGGCACACACCUCCGCCACUGCCGGGUUGGACUCCCUGGCCUCGGCGCUGGACUAUGGGGGCAGUGCCGCCAGCAUGUCCCCUCCAACUGCGUCCAUGUCUUCGGCCGACGACCAGGAGAUGCUGGCCUCUUCGGAGGAUGUGGACCUUGCCUGAAGGAUGGAGCGAGGGGGAGAGGAGGGGCAGGCGCGCCUCGCAUGCAUCGUGUCACUGGCGGAUGUGCACACAUCACACGCACAUCCCCGCACACAUACAUUGCAUGUUCCUUGCUUGUGUGGAGUGUGUGUGCGCGCGCGCGCGCGUUGCCUUGUCCUUGUGUAUCCCCGCCCCACGCGUGCCUUAUUCUCCUCUUCUGCCUCCAUCGCGCUCUUUCUUUCUCUCCCUCUCUUUCCUCCUUUCCUCGCUGCCGGCUGCCCUCCCUCCCAUCCUGCCCCAAUGUCGCGAAUAUACUCGCUUGUGCAUGGG